AUGGCCGCAGCCUUCAGGCGGCCGGUGCUGCAGCCCCUGCCCUCCGUGGGCAGCCCCGGCCUCCCUGGCUUCGGGCGAGGCCAAGUGCUCACCAAGAAACGCAGGCUCAAGCGCCCACCACGCCCCGGAGCGCAGGGGCGCCUGUGUCCAUACCUGUCGGUGCCCACCCCCCAGGCCAGCGUGGCGGGUCCCCAGAGCCUCAGCCUCGCCAUCUGUCACUCCGAGUCUCCGUGCGAUGCCCGCCCCUACAGCGCCCACGUCUCCAGAUGGCCAGGCGAUUCGCUCGUGAAGGGCCGCGAGGCAAGUGAGCUCGGCUGCCCACCCUCAGGGGGUUUCCAAGGCACCCCGAGGACACGCGACUGCAACCUUCUUGUUGCAGCACCAGGCUCCUCUGGUGAAGACCCCCGCAGUGUGGAGGCUUCCCCCUCCCUCCUGGCCUCCCCCGUGCUCCCCCGACGGGCACGCGCCACCCCCGCCGGGGAGCUCCUGCUAGUCCAGAAUGGCAGCACGCUGGAAGUGUUCACGAAGGCGACCUUCCUGCUGGAGAUGAUGGGCUCCUCCCGUGUGCCAGGAGGUGGUUCCCGCCACGAACUGACCCCCCUGCAGUAG